CAUUGCGUUGCUAUGAGCUGUCGCUCCCCCUGCGGCGGCGGCGGCAGCGGGCGGACCGGGCGCCGAUCCUGUGCCUGCCUUCCUCCUGACUCCUGCCUGUUUCCUGGCUCCUGCUGCCUGCCGCGCGGGCCGGGCUGUCCGUCCGGCGGCCUGGUGGCACUAGCGGGGCGGAGAGGAUGAGCACGGCGGGACCGGGCGGCAGCAGCAGCACGAGCGGCAGCAGCAGCAUCAGCGCACGCAGCAGCAUCAGCAGCCGCUGCCGCGGCGGCGGGGCCGGUCACUGAGCGAGGAGCUCCGCGGCGGACGCAGGGCAUGGAGCCCCAGCCCGGCGCCUCCCGCCCGGCCGCCGAGGAGGAGGAGGACGGCGGCGGCGGGUCCGGCGGGCAGCCGGAGGCGCUGUCGCUGGAGGAGAUCCUCCGGCUCUACAACCAGCCCAUCAACGAGGAGCAGGCGUGGGCCGUGUGUUACCAGUGCUGCGCCUCGCUGCGCGCCCGCGCCCGCCGCGGAGAGACCCCCGCCGCCAGGCUGGGGGCGGCGGCCGCGCAGCUCCGCGUCUGGCGGGACGGCGCCGUCACCCUGGAGCAGGACGAGCCCGACCGGCCGCCCCCGCCCCCCGCAGAUAAAUCAGGGCGUUUACACUGCACAGAAAUGGAGGUUAUUGAAUCCCUAGGGAUUAUUAUAUAUAAAGCCCUGGACUAUGGUUUGAAGGAGAAUGAAGAGAGGGAAUUAAGUCCUCCACUGGAGCAGCUUAUUGACUACAUGACUAAUGCCACAGAAACAGAUGGGAGUAGGGAUGAAGGAUAUGAUGCUCUGGAUGAAGGAGUGGAGGAUGACGAUGAUGGCAAAGAGGAAAUUGAGGCCAUUCACUCCUAUAAAGAUGUCAUGAAGCUGUGUGCUGCCCACCUGCCAACCAGAUCCGAGGCAUCCAACCACUAUCAAGCAGUGUGUCGGGCUCUGUUUGCUGAAACAAUGGAGCUCUACACUUUCCUGGCCAAAAUUAAAAGUGCAAAAGAGAACCUAAAGAAGAUUCAGGAAAUGGACAAAGAGGCAAGUGAUGAAUCCAGCACGGAUCUUGAUGAACUGAAAAAUGCUGACUGGGCCCGUUUCUGGGUGCAGGUGAUGAGAGAUUUACGGAAUGGUGUUAAACUUAAGAAAGUUCAAGAGCGUCAGUACAACCCACUCCCCAUAGAAUAUCAGCUCACACCCUAUGAGAUGCUGAUGGAUGAUAUUAGAUCCAAACGCUAUACCUUAAGGAAGGUCAUGGUCAACGGUGACAUCCCUCCUCGAUUAAAAAAGAGUGCCCAUGAAAUAAUCCUGGAUUUCAUCCGAUCACGACCUCCAUUAAAUCCUGCCUCUGCAAGGAAAUUGAAACCAACCCCACCACGGCCCCGCAGCCUCCAUGAAAGGAUCCUGGAGGAGAUCAAGGCAGAGAGGAAGUUACGUCCAGUCUCCCCUGAUGAGAUAAGGCGCAGCAGGCUGGCAAUGCGGCCACUUAGCAUGUCUUACAGUUUUGACUUGUCAGAUGUACCAACGCCAGAGGCUGGAAGAAAAUUAGUGGAUGCCUCUGUAGUGAACGGUGUCCCAGCAGCACAGGGAAAGCAGAACGGGGCCACACAAGUGACAGUGCAACGCAAGAGACUCCUUAAGGCUCCCACGUUGGCUGAACUUGACAGCUCAGAUUCAGAGGAGGAAUCAGUGCACAAAUCAGGAAGCAGCAGCAGCAUCUCCCCCUCACAAGUGGAAGAUCCCUCUCAAGAAGGCACCAGCAGCAGAAAGAUGCCUCCAAAGUUCUUGCCCAUAUCGUCUACACCGCAGCCCGAGAGACGGCAGCCACCUCAGAGGAGACACUCCAUUGAAAAGGAAACACCAACCAAUGUGAGACAGUUCCUACCCCCUUCAAAACAGAGCUCCAGGUCACUUGAGGAGUUCUGUUACCCUGUGGAAUGUCUGGCUCUGACAGUGGAGGAGGUCAUGCACAUCCGUCAGGUGCUUGUGAAGGCGGAGCUGGAGAAGUAUCAGCAAUAUAAAGAUGUCUACACUGCUCUCAAGAAAGGAAAGCUCUGCUUUUGCUGUCGAACAAGAAGGUUUUCUUUCUUUACCUGGUCUUACACUUGUCAGUUCUGCAAGAGGCCUGUAUGCUCACAGUGUUGCAAAAAAAUGCGGCUGCCAUCAAAGCCAUACUCCACCCUUCCCAUCUUCUCCUUGGGGCCUUCAACCUUGCAAAGGGGAGAGAGCUUCAUGAGGCCAGAGAAACCCUCUACCAGUCACCACCAUUCCCUGCGGAGCAGGUUGACCUCAAGGUCCAAGUCUGUGGAUAAGUCACAUGAAGAGUUUCCCAAAGAAUUAAUGGAGGACUGGAGCACAAUGGAGGUUUGUGUGGACUGCAAGAAGUUCAUCUCAGAAAUCAUCAACUCAAGCCGGCGCAGCCUGUCUCUGGCCAACAAGCGAGCCAGGUUAAAAAGGAAAACGCAGUCCUUCUACAUGUCAUCUCCAGGAACCUCGGAGUACUGCCCCUCAGAAAGGACGAUCAAUGAGAUCUGAGCCGUGUGCCUUCUGCUUUGCUUCCAUCUCCAUGAGGUCACCAUCCAUGCGUGAGGCCGCUGGCACCGGAUUGUCACCCCGUCGCUUCAUUCCACUUGACUGGCUUGGGUUUGCAUUCGGUCACAGGAUUUCCUAUUACAGCAAUUCCUGGAGACACAGAGCGCUGUGCUGGGAUCUGUGCAGGGUGGUACACGAUGGGGUGGCUGCUCGUGCUGGGAAAAAAUCAACAGUUUGAAGUUGUCGCCUCUUUUGUACGUGUGUGUCGAAGUGAGAAAGCCUUUUCUUGCUUUCAAUCUUUUUUUAACCAUGCUUUGAAUCAUUUUUCAAGAGAUGAGCUGAUGGAGGUGUCUGAUGGAGAAUCAGAUCUAGCACAGUGUCAGUGUUAGCACGGUAGCAAACAGUAGGUCCUGCUGCAUUCCCACCCUCGGAAUGCUCACACCCUUGUUGAGACAGCCGAGGGCCGUGUCGCACACCAGGCACUCAGCAUGAGCAGCUCCAAUCAAAUCCAUCUUCCUUUGAAACACUUUGGUUGCUCUGAGAUCAGGGUGCAGUACAGGACUCUUCAAUGUCAGUGUCCUGGGGCAAAGCAGGUGACAAAGCUCUUUGCCCGUGUGGUCGGUCAUACCCCUGAGCUGCUGUACUUCUUAAGCCUUAGUGUCCUUCUGAGUGACUCCUGAGCAGGUUUUGGUAGUUUACUUUCUAUCUUGAAUGUAUGAUAAUGACUACUAGUAGCAGUGAAUUUUAGUAGUAGACAAAGUUGUACAGUUUAUGGGGAGGAUGGGAAAUAAGGGAGGCUUCUAAUUUUAACUGAAUACCUGUAAAAUUGUUCUCAUGGUUACUCAGAGAAAGCAGUAAGGUGUAAAUUUGUAUUAUAAUGGAGCACACAGAUACUGCUAUAGUUCUGUCUGACAGCAUAUCCACUAGUGACCCCAUUUUUUCUGGGGUUUGUAACUUGGCUGUAAAAAUUCGUGUUCUGAUGAAAUUUGGGACAGUGGUCUCUCAGAUUGGGAGCAAUCUCUCUUUUUUUUUUCUUUAAUCUUUUUUUCAUUCUUAACCCCCCUUUUUAAUUCACUCACAAGGGAGUGCUAGACUAAUUGUUUAAAAGUUACAACAAUUUUACAAUGUUAACUGACAUCUCAUGCUUUUUUGCACUUUUUUUAAUAUUCAAUAUACUUUUUUUUUUUUUAAUUCAGUCAUAGUCAGAGUUUAGUCGAUAAUUUGGGGCCAGAACUUUUUGGUAUUUAAAAACAAGCUAACAUAGCCAAGUUAUUAAUACUUGAAAAUCAACUACUGUAACUUUUUUCAUAAAAUUUUUAAUACCCUGAGGCAUAUUUAAUAUCUAUAUAGUAGUGUAUUAUAGAAUGACAUAGCAGGAAUUGCAGAUCUAUUUAUUAACAUUUCUAUACUUCGAGUUAAUGAGAGAUACCUCAGAACUGCUCCAAAGUAGCUGGGACUGGACUUCCAUAACAUAAUUUUAAAGGUGUAUUGAUCAAAACAGCUUCCUCUGUCCAAAAAGCCCAAGAAACAGACUGCCCCUCUGGCCCUGGCAAGGCACAGUGCCUGGGCUGAGAGGCACCAGGGCUGCUUGGCUCCCAUUUGGCAGCCUUUGGAGCAGCCAUCCAUAUCGUCUCUUUUAGGCCGAUUUGAAAAGCACAUGCAGAAGUCUCUGUAAACCUUCCCAGGGAGUCAGCCAUCCUUAUUUUUUCAUAAAAACCUCCUCAGAAAAUGAGAAUUUUCCCAUAUGUAGGGCUUAUCAAAAUAAUUUCUGUUUAUUUCUGAAACAAUGCAAACACAAAAGCAGGGCUCAGUGCUAACUCUCCCUCCUUGUUGUCCCAUUUAAGGUCAGGUGUCACAGCCCUCUCCUCAUGGUGCCUCUGGAAUAGUGUCUUGCAUGUUAAGGCAGCUGGAGCACUGGCAUGAGACAGGGAUGUAAGAUUGCAGGGGAGCAGCACAGGCUGGCUGGUGGGAAAGGUUCUGCUGUUGCUGGAAGGGUCGCCUGAUCUCAGUCACAUCAGCACUUUUUCUUGUUUCUGUGCCAAAACCAGGCUGUGUGUUUGCUGCACAGUGCACCAGGGAAACCAGAUGGAAACAAAUGCAGGAAGUCUCCCUUUGCAUCUGCCCUGUUGUUGUUGUCAUGAUUUUUUCAUGGAGAUGCCCUGGCCAUGUUACAGUCAUGCAGUCCUCUGCUCACAGCUUGCUUCCCUGGUGUCCUCAAGCCACUGAGGUGCAGAGCAUCCAGCACAUUUAUUUUCCUCUUGGAGAGGAACUUGGGAUGUUGUAGGGCAGGCAGGAUGAGGGACUAAGUAACUCUUAGGCAAAGGGAAACAAGUCUUUGAUGCUUGUGUCCUGCUCCACUCUGGCAGUGUCCAGGGGUGGCUCUGGGGCGGUGGCAGAGCCUUGUGAUCCAGCCUGUGCCUUCCCGGAAUUCCCACAAGUCCUUGGCUCAGGGCAGGCACAAACACUGAAAAACAAUGCAGUGCUUGUACAGAUGGCUCCCUGUUGCUCACACGGGGCUGCCAUGGGCCAGGGCCCUGGAUAACCUCCCUUUUUCCCUGGAAAAAGCCCUCCAAGCUGCUGACACAUGCUGUGCAGGCUCCAGAAGACAGUGUAGAGGGCUGCCUCUCCCCUUCUCUCCAUCCCCUCUUCCCUGGCACAGUUGCUCUGCAUUAUCCUGGCAUUUCAUUCUGCAAGAGGAGAAGCAGCAGGUUGGUUUUGCAGAAAGCCUGAAGGAGCUCAGCUCUCUGGUUGCCUGGCUCUGCAGAGUGGGCUAUUUUUAGCUUUGCAUCUCCUCCCUGCCUGCACCAGCAUCCCAAAUCCACUGCAGCCAUUGGCCCAGCACCCCGUGGUGCUGCCCAGCAUGUCCUAGUUACAGGCUGAACUUCACGUCAGCGUCAGAGGGGGAAAAUCAGAAGCUUGUAAAUAUCUGUAAUAUAUUUAUUAAUAUUUAGGAAGUCUCCAUCAAUCAUGCAAUGGGAAUUGACUUUCCCAUGAAGUUUUAAAAAGGAAAUGAGUUUAUUUAUAUGUGUGUUGGCUGUUAUCUUUUAUUAGAGUUAAUGCUUUCAGCCCCCUAAUACAGUUUGCACAUCUUAGAGUGAAUUACUGCUGAAAAGAACACAGCACUAGCACAGUGAACUCCGUUCCAUGAAUUUUAAAAUUAUUUUCUUCUGUUUUUUUUAGCUUUAUUAGUAUGCCCAAGGUCUGUUAAAAUAUAUCAUAGGAGACCCAAGGAGCUAAAAAUGCCUCUGGCAGCAUCAGUCUUGUUUUGUAUGUGAACCUGGUUGUGGGGAAUGCAAAACCAGCUCUGCCUCAUGGCGGUGAUGGAAGAUGUGAGCAGGCUGCCACUCUCAGAUCUGACCCUUCAAGUGUUCAUGGUGACAGUAGUGUUCUGAGGGGUUGUUUUUUCCCUUUCUCCAUUACUUCCUUUAUACAGGGAGGGGUGUUACCUGGUAAAAAUAAAAUGCCUUUCCAUUAUGAACUUUGUCUGUGUUAAUUAUUCAUGGGGAAACUGAUUUAAAGGUUCUGUUUCUCUCUUUUUCAUGCUUUUAUAGUUUUGUAAGAUCAGUCAGAUGUUUCUUUUGGCAAAGAAUUGUUAAUGAAAAUGAUUGCAUAACAGCUGAACACUGGCUGGGCUGAAUGAAGGGAUGAAAACAUGUCGAAGUACCCUUAGAAUAGCAAUAAAAACUGCUUGUGUAACCCCAGUGAUGUGAUUAACUCCUCGUCAUCAUCUGCAGCCAACUCCUUCUGUUACCAGCGUGCUGCUUCUUCCAACACUGACUGGCUAUACCUGAGGCAGCACAUUUGUCCUGCAUGUAAUCCAGGCUUUGGGAAAUCUCCACCCCGCCAUCAUUGGGAGAGAAAUGCUGACAGUCUUUCAGAGAGGUUUUUGAUGGAUUUGGUUUAGUUUUUAAAACAGAAUUGGAGAGAACAUUAUUAUCACAACCCUUAUAUUGUUCUCUCUUCUCUCCUGAGCAUCCCUUUUCCUCCAGUCAAGUUCAGCAUCAGCUUCCCUGGUUUGUUACUGGCUGCAUGCUAUAUAGGUUAAAACUUAUUUAGAACCUUCAACUUUAAACUCCUGAUUGCUACCUUCCUGCUUUACUUCAUCCAGCAGCACUGCACAACUCUUAGGAAUGUCUUACUGCUCAGUCUCAUCUGUGGAACAGUGACAGCACACAGGCAUGAGAGAAAGGUGCUGCAACUCUACACUCUGGUGCUACAGCACAUGGAUUAUGUUCAUGUUACCAGAAAAUUUUAUAUUGUUGCCAUGUUGAUCACUUGGAGCUGCUCUGGUUUAUUUCUUCUUUUGUAUAUGUGUAUCUUAAGGCCAGUCUGAGAAUGUUUAUGAAUACCAAUUCCAGCUAUAGAAACCUC